AUGUCAAAUAAUGAAACCUCUAUCGAUUGGUCGGCAUUUUCAUCAAACGGAUACUUGUAUCACUUUUUUGAUUUCGUCAAUUUUACACGUUUAACAUCUUCUACAUUUACAAGUUUUCCAUCAGCAUUUCCGUCGCUGGAAAAGCUGGUGUUCAUGUUUACUAACGGCGUUGAUCGAAUAGAGGAAAACACUUUCCAGUCGUUAAACAAUUAUUCUAAGACAUCAAUUUCUCUUUCGUUCAACGCACCAACAAACUUUCAACUUGAUAAUUAUGCAUUUGGUCAAGUAAACUAUACGGAAAUCCUUAUUUCUGGCAUCCGAUGUCAUGACAUUUAUCGUUCGUAUGAAUUAAACUUGAAAGCAUUUGAUAAAACAAGUAUUUUCAAACUGGGCAUCAGGAAUUCAAAAUGCAUUUAUUCAACUUCCAAUGAAUCAUCGUCUUUCAAUCUUAUUGAAUUGGAAUUCAAGAAUUGUUCAUUGAGAAAGCCUGAUUUUCUCCUUGGAAGCCUUUCUGAAUCAUCAUUGAAUAAAUUAGAUUUAUCAUUAAAUCUGUUAGAAGAGAUUCCUUCAUUGACCAGGUUCAUUCACCUUCACGAAAUUCAUUUAGAUGAUAAUCUAUUACAAGAAAUCAAAUCCAAUGUGUUUUCAAACUUAAACGCAACUCAAAUUGAUUUAUCGAGCAAUCGAAUUAAUCAUAUUGAACCUGAUGCAUUCACCGGCUCGAAUAUCAAAACUUUGAAAUUGAACUAUAAUUAUAUGAAGUAUCUGGAAACGGUCACACCUCAAAACACACUGACAUCGUUUUUAUAUCCAUUGAAUCAAACGUUAGAAGUUCUUGAUUUAUCGCAUAAUUAUGUAAUUGAAUUGGCAGCUUUGCAAAACCUUUCUCAUUUGACGACAUUGAUCAUGUGUUGUAAUCAUAUCAAAGUGUUAUAUGAUUUACCAUUUGAACAUGCAAAGCAACUUCGUACAAUUGAUUUCAGUCAGAACGUUAUUUUCUCUAUUCAUCCGGGGGCUUUCAAUGGAACGAAUUUGGCGUCUCUGGACUUAUCAGCAAAUUCUUUCUCGUCUCUAGAAACGAUAGAUAUGGGCGAUGAUGAACGCUCGAAACCGGUAAAUCGAACACAUUCAUUUCUUUAUAGUGUUGCACCGACGCUGACGACUUUGUCAUUGGCGAACAACAAAUAUCUAUCAAACAUUAACUGGUUUGUUUUCACGAAGUUAUUCAAACUAGAGAGUUUAGAUCUCUCUGGAAUACCAAUGAGUAAACAACUUUGGUAUUAUGAGCCAAGGGACGGUGCAGCUAUUCCAUGGUCUGAUCGCCCAUCGAAUCUUCACGUUAAGCUCUUUGGUUUUCAGCUCACCAACGAUGAUUAUUGUUUAUCAAAAUCUGUGUUUCAAGUACUCAAUCACACAAAGAUGGGAAUUGAUGCAAAUCAUACAUGCAAUUGUUUUCUAUUCUUACAUGAAAACAUGUUUUACUCGUCACAACGCCCCGUCUGUUUACGCAACCAAUCGAUUGUAGAUGAACUAACUCAACAAUGUAUGAAUAUUGAUUCGUACUGUUCGUCGUUGACAACCACUUCAACAACUUCUCCAACGCGAGUAACAACAACAACAACAACAACAACAAAAGUAGAGUCAUCAUCAACAACAAGCUUGAAAACAUUAACUACAACAACAGGCGUUCCAGUUACAUUAGGAGCAGGAAAGGAUGAUGGAAAAUGGAGAACAAUAUUAGCAAUAAUCAUUCCAGUAACUGCUGUUGUUCUUGUUGCAUCUGCUACUAGCAUAUACGUCGUUCGAAAACGAAGAAACAACAAGUUCAAGGAGAGUAUUGAGAUGGAUACAUCAUUUACGAAUGUAUUCGCGAGAAAAUAA